AUGGCUGGGAAAGGUGUUGUUCGUAGUAUCAAGAACCUCGCAAAAGGUUUUAGUGAUGUCCAAAUUAAAGUUAGAGAAGCAACCUCUAAUGAUCCUUGGGGCCCUAGUGGAACGCUCAUGAACGAGAUUGCACAAUUAACAUAUAACGAGUCUGAUUUCAUUGAGAUAAUGGAUAUGAUUGAUAAACGUUUAAACGAUAAGGGUAAAAACUGGCGUCAUGUAUUCAAGGCCCUUCUUUUGUUGGAUUAUUGUCUGCAUGUUGGAUCAGAAAAUGUGGUUUUAUAUGCAAAAGAGAAUGUCUAUGUUGUAAAGACAUUAAAAGAGUUCCAACAUAUCGAUGACACUGGUAAAGAUGUUGGGGCAAAUGUUCGUCAAAAGGCGAAAGAUAUUACAAACUUAUUAAUGGAUGAUGCAAGGUUAAAAGAAGAAAGACGUUCGAGGCAAGGGAUGAGAGAUAGAAUGGCCAGUGUAGGAGAAUAUUUAAACGACAGUAUGCGAUUGUCUUCGUCUUCUAAUGGCGGUAAUAAUGUUUAUGACGAGGAAAGAGAUUUGAAACGUGCAUUAGCAGAGAGUAAAAGGCUGGCUCAAGAAGAGGAGAGAAACAGACGCCAAACCGAUGAUGAUUUGAAAAAGGCUUUAGAACUGAGUCAACAAGAAAUUUUAGAGAAAGAAAGAAAAGAGAGGGAAAGACUUGAAAGAGAAAAUAUGCAGCAGUUGUUUGGCAAUAGCAACAACAACAGUAGCAUAUUUGUUAGUAACAAUAAUCCCUAUCAACAACAGCAACAACAGCAACAACCGCAGCAACCUUUGCAGUUGGAAUGGGCCCAACCACAACAGCCAGCCAAUCAAGGCUUCCUAAACAAUCCAUAUUCUUCUUCUUCUUCUUCCACCAACCAGUUCAAUACUAUGGGUUUGCAAGCCCAAAUGACUGGCUUCAUACCUCAACAACAACAGCCACAGUUAACGGGAUUUGUCCCUCAACAACCGAUGAUGACAGGCACAAAUCCAUUCUCACAAUUUUCGCAACCGCAACCACAACAACAACUACCAGCACAACAGCAAUAUGAUUAUAGUCAACUCAACUUUGGUGGCGGUAUGAUGAAUCGACCACCACAACCGCAGCCUACUCAGUCUACCCCUUUAUUUAAUUCUAAUACGCCCAAUUUUGGUAUAAAUUCUUCGUCAGGAAGCAUGUCCGCCACCGCGUCGCCUCUCUUCUCAAAUUCUACUAGCGCUGCUCCCCAACAGCAACAGCCAAAGCCUCAAGAUACGAAAUACGCCAAAUUAAAUGCAUUGCUAGCAAACAAUGAAGAUGGCCUAGAUACAUUUGGGAAUCAAGGCAAUCUACGUAUACCAUAUGGUUCUGGAUUUGCUAGUACUUUGAAACCUACACCUACGGGUAGUAACAAUCCUUUUGGUACUAUUACAAAUAAUGCUUCUACUACAACAAAUAGUGCCAGUCAGAAGAGUUUACUGGAUUUAAUGCAAGAGCAAAAGUUACAACAACAGCAACAACAACAACAACAACAACAACCCUUUGGCAACAGCAGUGCUUUCAAUACCUCAUCAUCUUCUACUCCUAAUAAUAACUUCUUCUUUUAA